AUGGGGUCUUUGAAAAACAAAGAAGAAAUGGAAUCGACUGGAGAGGAAUCAUCCAAGGAUACUAUUUUGUAUGUUAAUGGAGUUCGAAGAGUGUUGUCUGAUGGAUUAGCCCACUUGACUCUUCUUGAGUAUCUUAGAGACAUUGGCUUGACGGGUACAAAGCUAGGCUGCGGUGAAGGUGGUUGUGGGGCUUGCACGGUCAUGGUUUCUCAUUAUAAUAAAGUGUCGAAGAAAUGUGUGCAUUAUGCAGUCAAUGCGUGCUUGGCUCCUUUGUAUUCUGUGGAAGGGAUGCAUGUAAUAACUGUGGAGGGAGUUGGGAACAGAAAAAUUGGCUUGCAUCCAAUUCAAGAAUCUUUGGCUCGCUCUCAUGGCUCACAAUGUGGAUUUUGUACUCCUGGAUUUAUUAUGUCAAUGUAUGCGCUGCUUAGGUCAAAUGAAGUACCACCAACUGAAGAGCAAAUUGAAGAAUGCCUUGCUGGAAAUUUGUGUCGUUGCACUGGUUACAGACCAAUUAUUGAUGCAUUUCGAGUUUUUGCCAAAACUGAAGAUGCAUUAUACACUGAUACAUCUUCAUCAAGUCUUCAGAGUGGUGAAUUUUUGUGCCCCUCAACUGGUAAACCCUGUUCAUGUAAAUCAAAAACUUUAAAUGGUACAAGAACUUGUGAACAAAGUACCGCUAAUGGCAGUAAGUAUGAGCCUGUCUCUUAUAGUGAGGUAGAUGGGAGCUCAUAUACAGACAAAGAGCUUAUUUUCCCUCCUGAGUUGUUGCUGAGGAAAUUAACUCCCUUAAAUUUGAAUGGAUUUGGUGGGCUUAAGUGGUUUCGACCAUUAAGACUUCAGCAUGUGCUGGAGUUAAAAGCGAAAUACCCAGAUGCAAAGUUAGUAAUGGGUAAUACUGAGAUUGGGAUAGAGAUGAGGUUGAAGAGAAUCCAGUAUAAGGUUUUGAUAUCUGUUGCUCAUGUUCCUGAACUCAAUGUCUUGAGUGUCAAGGAUGAUGGUUUAGAUAUAGGUGCUGCAGUAAGACUCACGGAACUACUGCAAAUGUUAAGAAAGGUCAUAAAUGAGCGUGCUGCUCACGAGACAUCAUCAUGUAAGGCCUUUAUUGAACAGAUAAAAUGGUUUGCUGGGAAACAGAUAAAAAAUGUCGCAUGUGUUGGAGGCAACAUUUGUACAGCCAGUCCAAUAUCAGACCUGAACCCUCUCUGGAUGGCUGCAAGAGCAAAAUUUCGAAUCGUUGAUUGCAAAGGAAACAUUAGAACAACCAUGGCUGAGAAUUUCUUUCUGGGUUAUCGAAAGGUGGAUCUUGCAAGUGGUGAAAUUUUACUGUCAAUAUUCUUACCAUGGACUAGGCCCUUUGAGUAUGUAAAAGAAUUUAAGCAGGCUCACCGAAGGGAUGAUGAUAUUGCGAUUGUGAAUGCUGGAAUGCGUGUGUUUCUUGAAGAAAAAGGUGAAGAUUUGGUUGUUUCAGAUGCAUCAAUUGUUUAUGGUGGGGUAGCUCCCUUAUCUUUGUCUGCAAUAAAAACAAAAGAAUUCAUCAUUGGGAAGAAUUGGAAUCAGGAGCUCUUGCAGGGUGCUUUGAAAGUCUUAGAAAUAGACAUUCUUCUCAAGGAAGAUGCUCCUGGUGGGAUGGUGGAAUUCCGAAAAUCUUUAACUCUUAGCUUCUUCUUCAAAUUUUUCUUGUGGGUUUCACAACAAAUGAGUGUGAAAAAAUCCACUGGUAUCCCAUUGUCUCAUCUGUCGGCUAUACAACCAUUCCAGCGGCCGUCAAUCAUGGGAAGUCAGGACUAUGAAAUUAGAAAACAUGGCACAUCUGUGGGCUCUCCUGAGGUUCAUCUCUCCUCAAGACUUCAGGUUACAGGAGAGGCAGAAUAUGCUGAUGACGCACCAAUGCCUUCCAAAGGUCUGCAUGCUGCAUUAGUAUUAAGCAGAAAACCUCAUGCGAAGAUUCUAUCUAUAUGUGAUUCAAAAGCCAAGUCUUCACCUGGCUUUGCAGGAAUAUUUUUAGCCAAAGACGUGCCUGGUGAUAAUCACAUUGGACCAAUAAUUCAUGACGAGGAGCUAUUUGCUACAGAGUAUGUGACUUGUGUAGGUCAGGUUAUAGGAGUUGUUGUUGCUGAUACACACGAAAAUGCAAAACUAGCAGCAGCAAAAGUUGAUGUUGAGUAUGAAGAACUCCCCGCAAUAUUGUCAAUACAGGAAGCAGUUGAUGCUAAAAGUUUUCAUCCCAACUCAGAAAAGUGUUUGAAGAAGGGCGAUGUGGAUAUUUGUUUUCAAUCAGGUCAAUGUGACAAGAUCAUCCAUGGGGAAGUUCAUGUGGGUGGGCAGGAACAUUUUUACUUGGAAACACAGAGCAGUUUGGUUUGGACUAUGGAUUGUGGCAGUGAAGUUCAUAUGAUUUCCUCUACUCAAGCCCCUCAGAAGCACCAGAAAUAUGUGGCUCAUGUCCUUGGUCUUCCAAUGUCAAAAGUAGUUUGUAAAACCAAACGAAUUGGUGGUGGAUUUGGUGGAAAGGAGACAAGGUCAGGUUUCCUUGCUGCUGCCGCUUCUGUCCCAUCAUAUCUGUUGAAUCGGCCAGUGAAACUCACAUUAGAUAGAGAUGUAGACAUGAUGAUAACUGGACAGCGCCACAGUUUUCUUGGAAGGUACAAGGUUGGCUUUACAAAGGAAGGAAAAUUGCUUGCACUGGAUCUUGAAAUCUACAAUGGUGCUGGAAAUUCUUUAGACCUGUCUCUUGCUGUCCUGGAACGUGCAAUGUUUCAUUCUGACAAUGUGUACGAGAUACCAAAUAUCAGAAUCCUAGGAAGGGUUUGCUUCACUAAUUUUCCUAGUCACACUGCUUUCCGAGGAUUUGGAGGACCUCAAGGUAUGCUUAUAGCUGAGAAUUGGAUUCAAAAGAUUGCUGUGGAGCUUAACAAAAGCCCAGAAGAGAUAAGAGAAAUUAACUUUCAAGGUGAAGGAUCAAUAUUGCAUUACAGCCAACAACUUCAAUACUGUUCACUGGUUCAGCUCUGGAAUGAAUUGAAGUUAUCUUCUGACCUUUGUAAGGCUUGUGAAGAUGUUAAGCAAUUUAAUCUUCAGAAUCGGUGGAAAAAACGUGGUGUUGCAAUGGUUCCUACAAAAUUUGGCAUUUCAUUUACAACAAAGUUCAUGAACCAGGCAGGUGCUCUUGUUCAUGUCUACACAGAUGGAACUGUUUUAGUUACACAUGGAGGUGUUGAGAUGGGCCAAGGUUUACAUACAAAAGUUGCUCAAGUUGCUGCUUCUGCUUUCAAUAUUCCUCUAAGUUCUGUGUUUAUAUCAGAGACAAGUACUGACAAGGUACCUAAUGCAUCACCAACAGCAGCUUCAGCAAGCUCUGAUAUGUACGGAGCUGCCGUUUUGGAUGCAUGUGAGCAAAUAAAGGCAAGAAUGGAGCCUGUUGCUUUAAAACAUAAUUUCGACUCUUUUGCUGAGCUGGCUGGAGCAUGCUACAUGCAGCGAAUAGACCUUUCAGCUCAUGGAUUUUACAUUACACCUGACAUUGGCUUUGAUUGGACAAGUGGUAAAGGAAACCCAUUUAGUUACUUCACCUAUGGGGCUGCAUUUGCUGAGGUUGAGAUUGACACGUUGACGGGAGAUUUCCACACAAGGACAGCAAACAUUUUACUGGAUCUUGGUUACUCUAUCAAUCCAGCCAUUGAUGUUGGACAGAUUGAAGGAGCAUUUAUACAAGGUCUGGGAUGGGUGGCCAUAGAAGAACUAAAGUGGGGAGAUGCAGCACAUAAGUGGAUCCAUCCUGGCUGCUUGUAUACAUGUGGGCCUGGAAGUUACAAGAUUCCUUCCAUGAAUGAUGUCCCAUUCAAAUUCGGUGUUUCACUUCUCAAGGGUCAUCCAAAUGUAAAGGCCAUCCACUCAUCUAAAGCUGUUGGCGAGCCUCCAUUUUUCCUGGCUUCAGCUGUCUUUUUUGCCAUCAAAGAUGCUAUUAUAGCUGCAAGAGCAGAAGUCGGGCAUCAUGAGUGGUUUCCUCUUGAUAAUCCAGCAACACCUGAACGUAUUCGGAUGGCUUGCUUAGAUGAAUUUAGCACUCGAUUUGUAAACUCCGAUUUCCGUCCGAAGCUUAGUGUUUGA